GUAGCACCAGUUGCCUUGGCAGCAGUUGAUUGUUGAAUGUGUUUAGAGCGGCAGGUGGCAGCGCGCGCCUUGGAGCAGAUAGUGGGUCUCCUGAUUCAGAGACUCACCUUGAACACCUUUUACCUCCGAUAGUUUGAAAUGGAACGCCUGGUAGAAGAAUAACCACCUCCACACGUUUUAGUUCUCAUUGUAACUUUUCCUCUCAAGACGUGGAAUAAUUGAAGCGUGCAUUCGGUAUUUAAGGAUCUUCACCGCGGCUGCGCGUCGGCGCGCGGGUUCGUUCGUUUGCGAAUUUCUAGGUUUUAGUUCUUUAUCCGCGUUCCUGCGACACCAUGGCGUUCGCCAGGUUCAGUAAGAUCUUACGGCUGCCAACCAUUGAUAUUAAGAAACGGGUUAAACAGUACGAACAUGUUCACCGGGACAUCAACCCCAACGACCUGUGGGAGAUCAUCGGCGAGCUGGGGGACGGAGCCUUCGGGAAGGUGUACAAGGCCAGGAACAAGGAGACACAGGUUCUGGCUGCAGCCAAAGUCAUUGACACCAAAUCGGAGGAAGAGCUGGAGGACUACAUGGUGGAGAUUGACAUCCUGGCUAAAUGUGACCACCACUACAUCGUAAAGCUACUCGAUGCUUUCUACCAUGAAAACAAACUCUGGAUCAUGAUCGAGUUCUGCGCUGGGGGGGCUGUAGACGCCACCAUGCUUGAGCUGGACCGGGGCCUGAUCGAGUCCCAGAUCAAGGUGGUGUGUCGGCAGAUGCUGGAAGCCCUGGUCUAUCUCCACCAGAUCAAGAUCAUCCAUCGGGACCUCAAGGCGGGCAACAUCCUACUGACGAUAGACGGUGACAUCAAGCUAGCUGACUUUGGUGUGUCUGCAAAGAACACCAAAACCUUACAAAGGAGGGAUUCCUUCAUUGGCACACCGUACUGGAUGGCGCCGGAGGUGGUGAUGUGCGAGACGAUGAAGGACGCGCCAUACGACUACAAGGCGGACAUCUGGUCCCUGGGCAUCACCCUGAUCGAGCUGGCCCAGAUCGAGCCCCCGCACCACGAGCUCAACCCAAUGAGGGUCCUGCUGAAGAUAGCCAAGGCCGAGCCCCCCAGCCUGUCCCAUCCGCACAGAUGGUCACCUGAGUUUAGAGACUUUGUGAAGGUCUCCCUGGAUAAGAACCCGGAGAGCAGGCCCACGGCCACGCAGCUGCUAGAGCACCCGUUUGUGCGCUCGGUGGUGUCCAACCGGCCUCUGCGGGAUCUUGUGGCGGAGGCAAAGGCGGAGGUCAUGGAGGAAAUCGAGGACAAUAGAGAGGAAGGAGAGGACGAGGAGUCCUCUGAGCUGCCCCUGGCCGGCGGAAAGGAGCCCUGCCAGACCAGUCAGAUCAGCUCGGACGGGGACCAGUCUCCCACCAGCACCGGGCCAGCCACGCCCAGCACCACCACGCCCAUCCCCUCCCCCAGGAAGGACUACAAGGCGCCGGCCGAGGCGGUGGGUCCUGCGGCCCCCGUGGCCCUCCCACGCCAGACCCUCCUGCGGGACGACCAGGGGGAGCCGGCCGACAAGCUGCCCGACGAGGUGCGCUCGGAGUCGGGCAAGUCGGAGAGCAACGUCUCCACCAAGACGUCCAGCUCCGACUCCGGCAUCGAGGAUGGCAAGUGCACGCCCACGUCGGACGAAGAGAAGGUUGCCGUGGAAACCCCGGAGACGGAGCAACCGCCCCCGCUGGCCCUGCCCAGGUCGAUCGCCGUGGACGUACAAGCCCCCCAGUCACAGGUGGCGAGCGAGGAGGAGGAGCAGAAGAGCGGCAUUCUGGGUAACGGAGUCUCGGGGACAACGGCCGUCAGCGCCGUUGUCGUUGCCCCGGCGACGCCCACCCCGGCGACGCCCACGCCCGCGACGCCCACCCCGGCGACGCCCACUCUGGCGACGCCCACCCCGGUGACGCCCACCCCGGCGACGCCCACCCCUGCGACGCCCACUCUGGCGACGCCCACUCCGGCAACGCCCACCCCGGCGGCGCCCACCCCGGGCCCCCUGGUACCCCGGGAGACGGGCUCUCCGGCCCCGGCCGCCCUGCCCCACGCGGCGCGCAGCAACAGCAAACGGGGGUCCGUGGGGGAGGGCUCGUCCCACCCCAACGGCCGCACCAGCAAGCGCUACUCCGACACCAGCAGCAUGGCCUCGGACAGCAUGGGCCCGGGCAAGGACACCAUCUCGCUGCACCCGUCCGUCGACAAGGAAUCCCGUUUCUCUAGUAAGACGCUGAAGCGCACCCGCAAGUUCAUGGUGGACGGCGUGGAGGUGAGCGUCACCACCUCCAAGGUGAUCCGAGACGACGAGAAGAAGGACGAGGAGAGCCGCUACUUCAGGCGCCAGGAGCUGCGGGAGCUGCGCCUCCUGCAGAAGGAGGAGCACCGGGCCCAGGCCGUGCUCAACACCAAGCUGGAGCUGCAGACUGAGACGAUGACGCGGCGCUUCGACCAGGAGAUGAACGCCAAGAAGAAGCACUUUGACACGGAGCUGGAGAGCCUGGAGAAGCACCAGAAGCAGACCAUCGAGAAGAUGGAGGCGGACCACGCCUACAAGCUGCGUGAGGAGACCAAGCGCAUCCGCAACGAGCAGGACCGCGAGCUCACCCGCUUCCAGGAGAAUCUCAAGCAUAGGAAGAAAGAGAUCAAACAAGCUGUGGACAGGCUUCCCAGGAACCAGCGGAAAGAGUCCCUGAAGCAUUCGAUGAAUGACUUCCAGCAGAAGAAAACGACAGAGGAGCAGACCUUCCUGGCCUCUCAGAAGAACCAACUGGCCACCACUAUGCAGAAAAUCAUCCACCGCAACCGCCAUGAGAUCGCAGCCACGGAGCGCGAGUGCCUGGACAGGAAGCAGCGUCUCAUCAGGGACCGCGAGGCGGCCAUCUGGGACCUGUCUGAGAAGAGCCUCCAUGAGAGACACCAGCUGAUGAAGCAGCAGCUCAAAGACCAGUACUUCCUCCAGAGACACCAGCUGCUCAAGAAGCACGAGAAGGAGCAAGAGCAGAUGCAGUGCUACAACCAGCGCAUCACGGAGCUGCUGAAGUACCGGCAGCAGCAGGAGAAGAACCGGCUGCCCAAGAUCCAGCGGCGCGAGGCCAAGACGCGCAUGACCCUGUUCAAGGGAAGCCUCCGCAUCAACAACACGGGCAGCCAGGCGGAGAACCGGGACAAGGUCAAGCAGUUUGGCGUGCAGGAGGAGAAGCGUCAGAAGGCGGAGCGUCUGCACCAGCAGCAGAAGCAUGAGAACCAGAUGAGGGAGAUGAUUGGUCAGUGUGAGGCUAACAUCAGAGAGCUGCAGCAGCUACAGAACGAGAAGUGCCACCUGCUGAUUGAGAACGAGACCCAGCGGCUGAAGUCUCUGGACGAGCAGCACGGGCAGCAGCUGAGGGACUGGAAGGACCAGCUGAAGCCCCGCAAGAAGCUCCUAGAGGAUGAGCUGGAGCUGAGGAAGAAGGAGCAGGAGCAGUUCUUCAAGAUGGCCGGGGACCCUCCCAACCCUGGCUCCCCCAACAAGCUGUCCAAGUUCCUGCCCUACACGGACUCCUCCACCAUGUGAUCCCACCCCUGCGGGGCCAGAUAGAUAAAUACAUGCACACACACACACACACGCAUGGAUACAUAGAUAACCACACACAUAGAUACAUGCAUAAACACACACACAUCGAUACAUGCUGUCACACCCAUAUUCCCACACACACAAAUGCACACUCACGUGUGAUAGCCCGCUGCUUCCAGCUGCCUUAUCCCCCAUUCAUUUGAAUUAAGAGGGAUUUUUGUUUUGUUGUAGGAGAUAUUUAUGUUUCAAAAUGUUUUCUUCUCUUUUUUGAGCUCUCACUCCCCAGAUGAUUAUGGAGGGGAUACCAUGUGGUCUCAGUGUUUAGACCGCCUACUCUGUCUGCUAUUGCUUUGAUUAACACAAGGCCUACACUUGGUACGCUGGCCGUGUAUUGUCCAUCCCCCACAGGGCAACAUGUUGGGACACUUGUUGGUCAGAAGUAGAUAUAUCUUUAUUUUUAUGUCCAUCGACACCCUGGAAGAGACGUCCCCCUGAAUGAAUUUCUGUUUGGCGUUGUAUUGGAGCAUGAAGCUAAGCAAUCAAUAUAGGUUAUAUUUUUAUAUUCAUACACGCAGUCUCGAAGCUUUCUCCGAUCUGAAUUUGUUCAGAAUACAAAGCCCCCCCUCCAAAGAAAAGAAAGAUCUCCAAAAGGACAUGGCUGCCGUUUUAUUUCUAUAUUUAUUACUACUGGACAUCCUAUCUAAGGAGCAAUUAAAUGUACUUUGUAUUUCUAAUCAACAUGCAGGGUUUGAAGGAUAUCCAUGUUCACUUUUAUCUUUCUUUCGAUUUUUUAUUUAAGAGGACUCUAUAUGCACAAAGUAAAUAUUGCCUGCCGUAAAUCGAGGUAUACUUUAAUAUAUCUUAAACAAUUUUAUUUUUAACAGAUUUAUGAUAUAGGGUGGUAUUUUUUACAAACUAGAGACAGCUAGUAAUAUUUUCUUUCUGCCAUGAGGACUUUCUUUGUAUUUUUACUGUAACAGAAAUGACCCCACACUGGAGAGGAUCUUACCAAAGCCAAGGCAAUGUACUGUUUUCUUUGAAGGACAUAAACAAUGUGAUAUAUUAAAAGUUAAGUUCUAUUGUUUUACCGUUUAUGCCUUUACUAAAUGUGCUGUCCCCUAACCUAAAGUGCAAUAUUUAUAUAUUAUAUUUGCAGCGAUGUCUAUAUUUGGGGACCAGGGUUCCAAUUUCCUUCUUUUUUUAUCGGGGUAUUACAUACGAAAUGCAAUCGAAAGUGUAUGAAAGUGUUUUGCUCUUUUCUGAAUUAACCAGAACUUAAAACAAAUAAAGUUGAAGAUCUUGCUGCUUUUGAAGGAGGACGCUGGGGUCUUUAGAGCACCUGGGCUCGCAGAUUUAAACUUCUUUAAAUCAGGUACAUAUUGAGGUGUCGCCUCUUUUUGCUCCAAAAAUGCGUCAAUUGUAAAUAAAUAAUUUGUCAUGCGUUAACAGCCUAAUCCAUGUCUCCUUUCCACUUACGUUUACACCUCAUGCUUUGGAGAGCGAUUGAAUCUGUUAAUUAGAAGGGAAAACUGUUAACUGAAAUAAAUAAUUAUUUUUAAUUCUUAAAGUUUUUGUAUCAUUUAUACUGAAUACAAUUUAGAGCUAAUAACGCCUAAGUCACACACGUUUAAAGUCACACUAGAGUCAGUAACAACAGGUAAGGUUGGAAAUGUUUAUUGGCUUCAUAUGACAGUAAGAUAAGUCUGAGAAAUACAGGACAUAUAGGCAAACAAAGGGGCCGAAUACAGUACUGAAGGAAUCGUUCAACCGUUCCAAACUUUUUAUCAUUGUAGAUUUGAAAUUAUUGCUUUCCUCCCUUUGAACCUUUUGAAAUACGAAGCUUAACACUGACUAACCAGUAGCUGUACCUUGUGGAAGGCUCACAAACGGGCAUUGGGAUGGACACAAUAGCACUCUGAAAACAAACUGAUAGUGUGUUUCAACACAAAGCAACUAGAGGCAGAACAUCAUUAGUCCAAACUAUAUUGUCUAGUUUUGUCAAAGGCGCUUCAAUGCUAUUAAGCUAAUGUGUUGUAGCAAUCUUUAGCAAUAAACAGCAAAAUAUUUUGAAUAAUCUACCAUGAAGACGAUAUAAGUGCUUUAGUGACUGUCACCAACAAUUGUUAUUAAUUUAUUUUAUUGAUAUUGUCAGGCUUCUCUGGAACGUUCAAUUCUUUUCUUGAAAAGACAACUGCUCUUUUUUUGACCCUUUGUGUUUCUAAAAUUGUUUAUUUAAGAUAACACCCCGUUGAUGAAAAGUAAGAAGUUAAAGACUUUAUUUCUGUACAUUAAAAACUAUUUUUAGUUUACCUACAACACUUGAGACCAGUCAAGCGUUUAUGUAAAAUAUUAUUUGAUGGUUUCAUCUGAACAAGGUUUGGCUCGCAAACGAGAAUAGACUGAAAAAUACUGAAUUGUUUUUACAAGAGCUCAUUGGCAUCCAAUCCUUCCUUUUGUAAACCAGACGGACGAUCUAGAGGAGACGAUUUGGAUGUGUUCUGUAUUUACAGAAAACCUUUUUGGAUUUAUCCGUUUUGAGUGUAAACAAGAACGUAAAGAAAAAACCCACUUGGUAUAUCCCACUUUCUGUAGCAUGUGCAAACUCACUUGAACAAAGGAUUAAAAGUGCACAUAUUUUUAACAAAAUGCCUGCUGAAUUGAUUAUGCAGUCGAAGAAAAACAUGUAAAAAAAAAAAAUUAUAUAUAUAUAAAAGAGAAACAUUUUAUUGGCAGGAAUACUUUUUCUUGACCAAAAAAUAAUUGGAUUCAGGGGGUGGCGAACCCCCAGUGAGCCAGCCCCCCACGCAAACGUUAGACCUCUUGGCCACCCUGGUUCGGUCCCAGCCUGUGAUUAUUUACUACAAUCCCUCAACCUACUUUCCUGUCCAUCUUCUGUCUCCUGUCCAAACGGGCAAAGUAAUGCCCCAGAAUUAUACAUUAUUUUACCGCUUGUGCCCAAAAUGUUUUUUUUACCGAUUGAUUGAAUUUUUUG